AAUGAAAUAACGUGGUUAUUGCACCGUCUAUGUUUAUCUAAAACAAAGCAAUUUAAUUGACGUUAAUUGGAAAAUCGCGUGGGAAACAUACAGUUGUGACGUCAUUUUAGUGACAUCAUUUAAAAGACAAAUCAACCGGUAUAGGGAACAUACAUGUAGCCUUAUUUAUAUUCCGUGAAAAUAACAGCGGCGAUAUAACAAUAUGAUAUUUCAUGGCAGCGCAUAACAGAAAACACAUAUUUGAAUCCUCAUAUAAAUAAUAUUCAAGUGAUAAUAAGCCCAGUGUCAAAUUGUUCUUUACAUGGAAUAUGUACGAUGAAGUUUGUGUAUUUGGACAUGAUUUGAUGCGGAACGUUUUGAACCUAUUCAUCGCAAGUGCAGAAGAAAACUGACGUCACAUUAUGCGCUAUUUUGUGUCAGACACAAUGGCUCAAUCCUGGGGAUACACAAGCGAAAACGGUCCCCAUACUUGGGCGACGAAGUUUCCUGACGCCGCCGGCCAUGCGCAGUCGCCAGUCAACAUUUGCUGUAAUGACGUCAUAUACGAUAGCGCACUAAACAUGACGUCACUUAAGACGACUUAUGACGUCGAGGACAGUUUUGAGGUUGUUAACACCGGAGAAAGCUUUAAGGUUAACAUCAAAAAGAAUUCAGAGUUGACGGGCGGGCCACUGAAAGAUACAUACAGACUGGAGCAGUUCCACCUCCACUGGGGGUCCAACGAUGACCACGGAUCGGAGCACACGAUUGAUGGUCAAACCUAUGCAGCAGAGCUCCACCUUGUCCACUACAACUGCACCAAGUACGGUAGUUUCGGGGAAGCUGUUGACAAGCCCGAUGGUCUUGCUGUCCUCGGCAUUAUGAUACAGUCCGGAGCCGAACAUCCCGGUUUCAAAAACCUUGUUGACACGAUGCGCAACGUGAAGUCACGUGGACAAACGUGUACGGUUCUCAAGACGUUUAACCCGGCUUCCUUAUUGCCAGGAAACAUAAAUAGCUACUGGACCUACCACGGGUCAUUGACCACGCCCCCAUGCUAUGAGAGCGUGCAGUGGAUUGUUCUCAGACAGCCAACCCAGUAUUCACCUAAACAGCUUCAAGCACUUCGAAGUCUGCUGAACGCUUCCGAAGGUGGAGUUUGCAUCCAGGACAACUUCCGCCCUCCACUUCCGCUCGGUGACCGAAAAAUCCGGUCAUCUUUCACGGAAGUCAUUUCUUCUACCAAAAUAUAAACAUGCGGUUAAAGUCAACCGAAUUAUGAACAUGAGGUUACAGUCAACUUAAAUGGAGAAGAAGCCAUUUUAAAUAAAAUUGUUCAUAACUUUAUUAGUCAGUAAGAAUACCAUACAGCAAGACGGCAGAUGGUCUAGCGCUUUUUGUUAAGAUAGAAACUAUUGGAAACAAUAUAAAGAAAAUAUCACAUUUAUAUUCAUGUGGCCCUGUCUGUCGUAUUGAGGUUUAAGUCAAAGAGUAUAUUAGCAACAGAAUGGGGAAACAUGUAGCGCUUUAUUGAUUGCAACAUUGCACUGCACGAGGCACGGUGACGAACGCAGACGAUCUUUGUUUUUAAAAGACUAUAGAUAUUACCAUGACAACAUAAAAGAAGAAAUGAUUUCCUGGUGUGACAUUGUAUUGCAAUAUAAUAAUUAUAAAUUUACAUUCCUGUGAUUUUUUUCUGAUACUUCUGACGUAGCAUGCCCAUUGCACAGUGUAAAAUACUAGAUUAUUGCAUGUGAAGAAAUGUUACAAAGGCUUUAUUGAUCGAUGCAACAUUGUUUUCACAUAGGCUAUCGAGAAAAUAUGUACAUUUCCAUGACCAUUUUAGUUUCGUUAUGACUUAUCAUGAUGCCAUAUUGAAAGUGUGUAAUACUAGCAUGUUACCAAUCGUAACAACUCGACCAUGUCCGGCAAACUUCGGGAGUGACAGAUUCUUUGGAUAAUGACCGAGGUGUUCCGAUUGGAAUACCAGUUGGUCGCUGUAUGUAGAUACUCAUCAAUGCAACAUGGUAUUGUACAAAACAUUAAAAGAAGAUAUUGAAUAUAUAUUUAGUCAGUUGCAAAGUGGAUGCUAGUUAUGUUAACUUGCAUGUAGAAAUGAUUUGAUUUAUUGAUUAAUGCAACAUUGUAUUUCACAGGGUUAUAGAAAAUGUGUAUGAUUUUUGUGGCUCUUGUCUCGAAUUCUAAUUUAUCUAGUCUGAAAUUGGCAACGGUAGUAUUUUGAGAUUUUUUAUUCAUGCCUUUAGUCAACGAAUGUGUGCCCUGUAAGAUUGAAGAAAGUCCUUCUAUGGAAUUUAAUCAUGAUAGUUACUUCAGUAUUUUGGGCACUCCUCGAUAUACAUGUAUAGACUAGAGGAUAUAACGCAAUAUUAGGGUACCUAUGGUUGGCGUCCAUGUUAAACAAUGAAAUGCAUGCUUUAGAAGCUUUACAAAUGCUGUAUGUAUUGUUAAUGUUUUGUCAUUACAUUGCUUUAUUAUGUAUUUAAAUAGUGUUAUUUUACAAAUAUACGGAUCUAAUUUCUAA